AUCGGUAGGAUAACUUCCCGGAGAAGUCAUUGCUUGCAAACGGACACAGUUGAUCUGUGAAACACAUCUCGCUAUCUCAGAACAAACAAAAGAAAACAACAUCAACCCCUCAACAUGCGUUACUCCCUCGCUCUGAGCGCUCUCUGCGCUGCUGGUGCCUUGGCCCAUAACAUCGACAAGCGUGCCUACGUGACUGACUGGACGGUCGUGACCUUGACUACCACUAUCACCGAAACCCCCGCCGCUGCCGCUACCACUGCUGCCGCGGUCACCACCACCGCUGCCACGAGCGCUGAGCCUGCCGUCAAGGUUGCCAAUGUUGCCGCUGUUGCCGACGUCGCCGCCGAGGCUUCGACUGUUGCUCCCGCCCCCGCUGUCGAGACCAGCUCUACCGUGGUCGUCCCCGUUGUCGAGUCGACCUCAACAUCCUCUACGAGCAUCGAGGCUGCCACCACCAUCGCUCCCACCACCGAGGCUGCCACCACUGCCGCCCCGACCACUGAGGUGGUUGCCACGACCCCUGUCGUGCAGGUGGCUGCGGCUAACGGUGCCUGGACUACGGCCUGGACCUCUUACUGGACUUCGGCCUGGACCUCUGCCGCUCAACCGACUACCCUUGCUACCUCGACCUCGACUUCGGCGAGCAGCACAGCGACCGCCAGCACUGCUUACCAGUCAACUGUUUUGUACAACCACAACGUCCACCGCAGCAACCACUCUGCUAGCUCCCUUGACUGGGACUCUGCCCUCGAGUCCAGCGCUUACACGCUUGCCGCCAAGUGUGUCUAUGAGCACGAUACUUCCAUUGAUGGCGGUGGUUACGGUCAGAACAUCGGCUACGGUGUCGAGUCCAGCGCAAUCGGCGAGAUGAUCACCAACUUGAUGUACAACGACGAGAUGGGCUACUACGCCGAAUUGUACGGAGAGGCUGACCCCGAUAUGACCAACUUCGACCUCUGGGGCCACUUCUCUCAGAUCGUCUGGAAGGGCACCACGAAGGUUGGCUGUGCCACUGUCACUUGCCCUAGCCUUGGUAAUGUUGAUGCCGCCGAGGCUUUGCCCUUCACUGUGUGCAACUACAGCCCCCCUGGUAACUACGCCGGUGAAUAUGGUACCAACGUUGGCAAGCCUUUGGGCAACGCCAUGUAUGUUGCUUCUUGAAAAUUGAGACGUGUUAUCGUUGUUUCG